AUGCUCGUCAACACCAGAUCACCGUGGUCCAUGACCAGCAUGCUUCUGCUGCUCGCUUCUCUCUUCGCCGUGCUCCCGGCAGUUGCUGCCGACGACUCCAAAAUUAUCAAAGGCUACGACUUCAACGGCGCCAUCCAGAAGCUCGACAUUGCCCCCCAACCAUCGCUCUACUCGGGGGGCUUCGCAGACUGUCUCCGCGGCGGCAGCUUGUUCAACUUUUCCACAUUCGAUGUCGCAUACUACACGAACAAGAGCCACCAUACAAUCUUCUUCCAUCUCGAUGGAGCCAGCAACAUCCGAAAAGAGUCGCUCGUUCUCCACCUAUCCAUCCAGGCGUAUGGCCAGGCGCGAUUUGACAUGUCCUACGAUCCUUGCAAGGCGCACAUGGAUUCCCUCUGCCCGCUGACAUCGGAUAAGCGCAUCAGCGCGUUUGCCGUUGUCCCAUUAUCAUCAGACGAUGUGGCCGGCAUGCCCGAGGUCACCAUGGGUAUCCCCGACUUCGAGGGCUUUGCGCGGAUGCAAAUCUUUGCCAACUCUACGCAGACGGAGAUUGGCUGUUUUCAGACUGUCAUGUCCAAUGGCAAGACUCUGUCGCAGCCUGAGGCCAUCGGAACCACUGUUGGUGUCUUCGUCAUUGCCACUAUGCUCUCCUCCUUCAUUACCGCAGCGUAUGGUAUCAGUGUCCCUCAUAUGCGCAUGCACUACGCCCACUCGUUUUCCGUCCUGAUCGUGUUCGAAACGUUUCAGUACAUCUUCUUCUCCGGCGCACUGUCUGUCAAUUGGCCUAGCGUGCUGCCAGCCUGGUGGAGCAAUUUCGCGUGGCCCUCGGGUAUGUUUGCUACGCACAGUCUCGUGCGCUCUAUCAGCUCCUUUACCGGAAAUGUCGUGAGCGUGACCCAGGUGGGAGGUGCGGGGUCUGUACCUAUAAACAACAACGGGGGCUUAACGCAGCAAAUAUACGGCCGCGCGGAUCCCGCAACUGGAGAGCAGCCUUCGCCGGUCACAGACCUCGAUGGCUACGCCUGGGGUGGCGAGCCGAACCCUCCAGGGAUGCCCAUGCCAGGCACCUGGCCUGGUCUUCCCGGAACACUCUCCGAGGUCUACAUCCCUCCAGCAGAGGCCUUCACGUUGGCCUUGAUUUGGUUCAUGGCUAUGAUUGGUCUGGUAGCGGUGCUGAUCGUGCUGUUUAAGCUGACACUCGAUGUGUUGAUCAGAUUCAAACUCCUCAGAACGGAUGGCUUCAACUACUUUCGCAGCCAUCUGGGUGGCUAUCUUGCGGCUGCCUUAUUGCGCACCUGCUUCAUUGGAUUCUUUGUCAUGACUACGCUUGCAAUGUAUCAGUUUUCCCUUCGUGGCCCGGACGGCCCCACCGCGAUUGCUGCCAUUGUCUUUUUGCUUUUCCUGGUGGGCGUUGGAAGUAUAGCUGCAUAUGCCUGCUACUUUCGCCUGCGACAUGGCAAGUACUCUACCGCACCCGAUUCUAUCCGGUUCGAAAGCGCGAAGCUCUUUAAGAAAGUUCCAUUUGUCUCUGCAAUUCGAAACAGUGAGCGCGGAGAGGAGGAGACAGCUGAGCAACGCCGCCUGUACGCCUCAGUACCCAUCACCAGGAUUGUUUACACCGAUGACAACCCGAACCGCCCGACCGUCCAUCAAGAUGCGGGCUUCAUCAAGAGAUUUGGCUGGCUAUCUGGCCGCUACCGUCGUACCCGCUGGUGGUAUUUCGCCGUCUAUCUAGGGUACCAAUUCAUUCGCGCGUGCUUCAUUGGUGGAGGCGCUCGUACACCACUGGCGCAAGUCUUUGGAUUGUUCUUGUUUGAGAUUAUUGCCUCUAUCAUCAUCAUCAAGUUGACGGCCUUUGAGGGCUCUCGCAAUACGGUGGUUGCUGUUUGGAUCAUAUCCAUCGCCAAAAUCCUUACUACGGGGCUGUCCAUUGCCUUUAUUGCCGACUACAACGUCAACCGAAUUGGCGCAACUGCGAUUGGCCUCAUCAUUGUUGUGGUACAGGCUUUCCUUGCCAUCGUGGUAUUGGUGCUCGCUGCACUGGGCAUUAUGUCGUCGUGGAUGUCGCUGUCGCGUAACAAGGAAGAAUUCACUGAACCUUUUGUCGACAUGCGUGUCAAAUAUUUUGAGCAUAUGCAGAAGCGCACCGACGACUUACCUACGCCACCGAAGGAAGACGAAAUGGAGGCAACGGCCCCAGAGCCAGGCUUUAACGUGCGCAAUGUUCGACGAGCCCCAAAGAUUGAAGAUGAAGAUGAGCUGGCAGAGAUAUCGCCGCCACAGCCCGGAUUUGCAGGACAAGCUGGCGGCAGUGGCCAGCGCAGUCGCGCCAAUAGCGGUAGCUCGCGCUACUCGGCUAGCAGUAUUCCGCGUGCGGCACGGGUACACCGAGCCUCUUGGAGUUCGAAGGAGUUUUCCCAGAUGCAGGCUGAAAUGAUGACUCGACCAGAAAUCCAGCGAGGGACCCAUUCUAGAAGCAACUCGCAACGCAUGUCUUCUGCGAGCAUUGCCGCCGUUAUGGGUACCGACUCCCCGGGCAGCAGCACACCAGUUCGAAGACCAAUGACUCCCACGCGCGAGUCCUCGGAAGAUGCGAGAGACAUUUCGGAAACUACAACAUCGCAGACGACGCCUACGAAGCGAAGCGAUGAAGAGAUGCCCGAAGAGAAAACGGAAAAGCCCGCACCGGUUCAAAAGACCGAGCAGCAGGUGGCUGUCGAGGAUACCACGGUGUCGGAAGCCGUGGCCGAUAAAACAAGAGACGAAAAGGCCGCUCUAUAA